AAAAUAACAAACAUAAAACAUGUGUUGCAAGAUCCAGAUGAUAUCUCUCAAUACGUAACACUUCUAUUCAAAAUUUACAAGGUUUUUUCUUAUUUUAAAUUCUUUGUACACAUUCAAGGGACUCCAUAAUACGACAAUCGCGAGUGUCUCCAGAAUUUAUGUCUAGGGUAUGGGAGACAGUAAACGAGAUGGAAAGGGGGCCGCAAAAAGGGUUGAAAAGUCCUUUAACUGCGGUCCGAUCGGUCCCGGUCCUAUUUAUAAAUUACCACCGGUUGUCGGAUAUCCUGGACAUGAUAUCACGAAAUACAGGAAUCCCGCCUAUUCCAUGGCGAGGAGAACUAAUGCCGGGCGCCCUAAAACGCGAACGGGAGUUAAAGCAGACACAGGAAACCUUUACAAUUUAGGAAAGGUCAACAGAUAUGGCAAAUUCUAUUCACCAGCGUUUUCCCUUUUGCAAAGAAUACCGGGAAAGGUUCUAGGUAUCGGGCCCGGCCCAGCAGCUUACGAUACUCAAAACAUAAAAGAUUUGAGCCGGCCAACUCCGCCAGCUGCAUCCAUCAAAAGCAGACCAAAGUCAAUUUAUAAAAACAUAGGACCCGGUCCCGGGGCGUACAAUCCUAAACCCCCGCCGACAAAAUCGGUCAAAAUGACUUUUAGGCACCCGGAAAAGAUGAAUCUAGUCGGACCGGGACCCGGUGCUUACGGGGCGCCGGAUAUGAACAAAGUACGCAAGAAGCCCCAGUACGCGAAAAUCUUAAGCAGGCCUCAGCAAACAAAAGCGCCCGUGGGCCCUGGACCGGCAUAUUACCCCAAGAAUCUGGGACGCAGGGUCCCCGCAUUCUCUUUCGGAACUAAGCAUUCGGAAUGCGCUGGGACUUAUACUCAACCCGAUGACUUAAGUACAGAUACAUUAUGUUAACAUGAAAAAAGUGUAGCCCUCAGUUGGAUUUUGGAAGCUGUUUUGAACUACAACUAAUGGGACAACUACAUUUUAUGGCGUUACUCACUCUUUUGGUCCUUUGUCGAAAUAAACUUUUAAUUCUCCACAUCUAUUGAUUCUAUGUUGCUGCAGCUUUAUCUUCGGUAACAGCGUAAGGAUGUCAUUACAAGUUUCAACAAGUUUCCAACGUUUUAUGUCGGUAGAGAACAUUAAAAUCGACCACUUCUCCUUA